AACAUUCAACAGUUUUUCUCAAGUAUUUAUGUGGUCCAGGUGGCAUUUGUUUAUUCAUUUGAAGGAGCUGACGACAAUUUGUUUAUGGAGCAGCAUGUGAGGAAAUUCUUAUUUAUGAGGUAAUUUAAUGUUAAUCAUUAAAACACAAUAAAAAUGGAUAAUAAAGAAAUUAAAUCCUUAUUGAAGCAAGCCAGAGAAGCAAUUAAAGAAAAAGACUAUAAAACAGCAUUGAAGUAUUGUAAGAAUGUGCUGAAAAUAGAUAAAAAUAAUUACAAUGCAUGGGUUUUUGUUGGAGCUGCUGCUCAAGAAAUCGAUCAACCAGAUCAGUCUGAAGCUGCUUUUAAGAGAGCUAUAGAAAUAGCUCCUGAUCAAAUUCUCGCAUGGCAGGGGCUUUGCAGUUUUUAUGAAAAACAUGAAAGCAAAGAAUAUAUGCAGGAACUUCUUUCUGCAUAUAAAAAACUAAUUGAUCUGUAUGAUUCAGAUAAAGGUAAAAAGUUAGAAGUAUAUGAUAAGCUAAUUUUGCUGUUGCAGAAACUGAAAGAUAAGGAUAAGCUCAUCAAAGUUCUUAAAACGAAACUUGACAUAGUGAAAGGCGACAAUAAACUUGAAUAUCCUUUGCAAAAAGAGGUAUUUCAAGAACUGUCUGUCAAAAAAGAUUUGACUGAGUGUGAGAAGCAAAUGUUGACAGAGGCACUAAAUGCUGUAAUCAAUCAUGAAACAUUUUCUGAAGAUGACUGCAAAAGAAUGUUUUCAACAAGUAUUGGAUUAUUAUAUAAAAAUGGUGCUGUAAACUUGUCUAUAAAAUUAGCUUCCCUUAUUUAUCAAAAAUUUUCUACUAAUCCUUCAUGUUUGGAAUUUUUAUGUAGAGCAGCUAUGAACUUAUAUAUUAAUAAUGGAUCUAUAAUGGAUGGCAUAAAUGAAAUAGCUAAAAAUUUUAGAGAAUGCAAACCAUCAGAAGGCAUUACAUACAUUUUUGAAGGAUUCAUGUCAUUCAUUUCUAAGGAUUAUGUAGAAGCUAUUCAAAAAUUAAACAGAGGUCUUAAAUCUGUGGAAUACUGUUUGCAAGGUUGGUAUUUAUUAGCAAAAACUCAGAUAUUGUUGCAUCAAUAUGCUGAUUCUGAGAAGACAUCUAAGACAGGUGUAGAAAUUUCAUUGAAAUCUAAUCCUCCUUCCUAUGUAAUUGGUAAAUUUUACCUGUUACUAGGCCAGGCUUCCAGUAGGCGGCAAAACUGGGAUUCAGCUCUAAAAGCUUUUGAAAAAAGUGUUAAAUAUUUAGGACAAUCUAAAGAAGUGUUGAUAAGCUUUUGUUUCACUUUGCUUGGAAUGCAACAGGUAGACAAAGCAGAAAAGAUGUUUCAAGAGCUAAAACCAGAAUUUGAAAAUAAUGCUGAUGUUUUACAACUUGAGGGUUAUAUUUUGUUUCUGAAAAAGGACUAUCCUAAUGCUUUACAGAAGUUGAGGCAGUCGGUUGCGCUUUCAGAAUCUUCUUACUCUUUACAUUUGAUUGGCCUAGUUCUUUGGGAAUCUGAACAAAAGGAUAAGGCAUUUAAAAUUUUUAUUAAAGCUGCUGAGUUAGAUCCAUAUUUUUCCAAGAAUUUCUUAUACUUGGGUCAUUAUUAUUUGAAUAAUAUAUGCGAUAAAAGUAAAGCCUGCAUGUGUUAUCAAAAAGCAUUUCAUCUUGACAACACUGAUACUGAAAUUGGAAUGUCUUUGAGUCAUGUUUUAAAAGCUCUGGGAAAGGAGGAAGAAAAUAUGAGAAUUUUAAAAAUCAUUACAGAUAAUGCCAGUUUAGGAAGUUGCAAAUGGGCAUGGACACAACUUGGGCUGUCUCAGUUGCAAAACAAUAGCUUUUCUGAUGCCACAUUUUCUCUGCAGAAUGCUGUAAGAGCAGACCCAAAUAGCAGUUAUAGUUGGGAAUGUCUAGCUGAUGCUUAUCUAAAAAGAGGUAGUUACGAAUCUGCUUUGAAGGCAUUUGAAAGAGCAUCAGAACUUAAUCCAAAAGCUAUGUAUCCACUUUAUCAGAUUGCAACCAUACAAAAAUUACGAGGAUUUUUCACUGAAGCCAUUGAACAGUUUAAGAGCCUUUUAGAUAUAGUUUCUUCUUAUGUACCAGCAUUAAUAGGUUUGGCAGAAACAUACGUCUUGUCAGCUAAAAAGGCUUUUGGGGAUUGUUUAUUUGGACUGUCCCGCGAUUAUUGUCAAGAAGCAUUGCAGGUACUUGCCAGAGUUGCUGCUUCAAAUUCAAGACUUGCAUGUCUGUGGAAAUUAGCUGGUGAUGCUUGCAUACUGUCUUUUAAUUUUGAUGAUAAAUGGUUUCCACUUAGUAUACCUGCAGAAUUACAUCAAAAAGCAGAAGAAUGUGAUGCUCUUACCUGCAGUAAAUCUGAAGUUCUUCAAUUUGGAUCAAAGUUCUUUGGUCGGGCCUUAAUUAUUAAAGAGAAUGUCAGUACUCUUUGGCAUGAUUUAGGGGUUACGUAUCAUCUACAAUCUGUGCAUUCUGUAGACAACAAUGAAAAAUUAGACUUUGCUAAGAAGGCAUUUAUUUGUUUUCAAAAAGCUGUGUGUAUAACACCGAAUUAUGAAGCUCACUGGACUGCUUUGGGAGUAGUUGCUACAGGAAAAGAAUUACAAGACUCUGCUUUUGGACAGCAUGCUUUGAUUAAAUCAUUGCAACUUAAUAGAAAUAAUGCUGAAACAUGGACAAAUUUAGGAGUUUUAUACUUGGAAAAUGGAAAUAUUGAGCUUUCACAUAUUGCUUUUAGAAUGGCUCAAUCAGCUGAACCAACAUAUCCUUUGAGUUGGGUGGGCCAAGCAUUUAUUGCAGAUAAAGUAAAACACAGUGAAACUAUGGAUCUUUAUAGACAUGCGACUGCACUAGGAUCUCAUCCUGAAGCUCUUUUGGGAUAUUCCAGAUCUGUAUGUGAAAUGCUAUUAAAUACAAUAAAUAAAGAUUCAGAAUCCUAUAAGUAUAAUAUAGAGCAGAUGAAUGCUGUUGUGGUUGCUGCUGACUGUGCGACAAAAUUUGUAGCUAAUAAAGAUGAUUGUCCUGAAGCCUUUAAUAUAUUAGGAAUGCUUUCAGAGAGACUUGGUAUAUACAGAGUUUCUUUAAGAUCAUAUAAUAGAGCUCUGAAGCUGCUAGAGAGUCAUAAUAAUAAUGAAUAUAUGGAAAUAGUUAGAACCAACUAUGCAAGAAUGCUUAGUGUGGUUGGAUUUAUUAAUGAAGCUAUUAAAGAAUUUCUUAUGUUAAAGAAAGUGGACUCAGCUCUCCUGUGCAGUUUUGCAUUAACAUUAUGUAAAGCAAAGGAAUAUGAAAAAGCCUUAAAAUUAUUCAAGCAAGCUUUUGAUAAAGCUGAGAAAUCAGGAGAUAAAUCUCAUAUAAAAGUUGCCAUGGCUAUGGUAGCCACAAAUCUGCAGGGGCCAGAAUUUCCCAAUCCCUUAACUUUGCUAUUUGAAAGUUCUAAAAUUUCACCUGUGUCUGUACCUGGAUUAUUAGCCUUAUUUUCUGUUGGAGUAUUAAAUGAUGAGCCUCGAAUAGCUUUAGCUGCACAAAAAGAACUUAUACCAUUCAAAUUUCAUACUGAUUAUUGUACAGCGAUAUCUUUUCUUUCAGCUGCUUUAGCCAAUAAAUUGAAAGGUGCUCAAGCUGCACGAUCUGAACUACUAAAGCAUAUUCAUUGUUUACCAAAUAACAGUCAAAUGUGGAUUCAGAUUGCAUCGUGUCUCCUUCAGUGGGACAAAAAGUAUGCAAGUGCUGCUGCUGUUUGUACUAAAAUUGGUACUUAUCAUGGUGGAUGUAAAGAGCAAGCUUCACAAAUAUUUGCUCUAUGCCAGAUUGCAGCAGGGUAUAGAAAAGGUGCUCUUUCAGCUGCUCAGAAAGCUGUCCAUGUUAAUCCUGGAAAACUGUCUAACUGGGUUACAUUAGCUGCAGCAUGUCAUGUAGCAGACAAAGACAGAAAACAUGUUGGUUGGAUGUUCAGCUUUGUGAAAAAAUUAGCUAAACAACAGGGAAUCAAGUCAGAUUUAUUAGGAUGCCUUGUGGUUAUGGAAGCUUUCCAUUAUAUUAAUUGUGAAAAUAUGUCAGAUGCUAGUGCCUUAAUAAACCAAGCACUCUCAAUAAGUUCCUUUAACUCUGAAAUCCAGUCUGCUCUUCAUAUCCUUGAUGCAGUUGUCAAAGUAUUUGCGAGUAAAGGGAAUCUUGAUGCCCUUGUCAUUUCCAUAAAAAAGAAUCCUAAAUCGUUUUUGGGAUUUCAUAUUUUGUGCCAAAUAUUGCUGUCUUCUGGAAGAUACAAUGAAGCAGAAAAAACAAUAUCUACAUUUGCUGCAACAGCUGAGCAACUAUUUCCUAAAUGGAAAAUCCUACCCCUAUUGCAAUUAGCUGUGUUAUCUUUCAAAGCAUUUCAUGCUUGUAGUGAUGAGCAGGAUAAAUGGUUAAAGCUUGGAGUAGAAAUUACUGGCAAAGCUGUUCACAUUGCUCCAUCUAGUCAAGCUGCUCGCUUCUUACAAGGUUUAUUUGCAAUUAAGUCUGGAAAUUUAAGUUUGGCAAAAAGAAGUUUUGAGAAAGUGGUAUCACAGCGAGUUAUAAAAGAAGCUAAAUGGAUGGAAGAUGUUGCUAAUUGUGUAUUACAGAGUGACAUGUUAAAGAAAAAGCAAAAAGAUAUCCCUUCAUGAUCAUAAGUACUGAAACACUUAUCUGUUAGGAGUAUGUGAGAGAUCAUCUGCUUCAAGGGGACAAGAAUGAUCUGAUUAUUUUUUGUACUACUGCUUCACAGAUGUAUUUGAACACAUAACAUUUUGUUAUUAAAGUAUUUUUGUGAACUUUAA